AUGAGUAGCAUUGGAACUGGAUACGAUCUCUCAGUCACGACCUUCUCUCCCGAUGGCCGUGUUUUCCAGAUCGAGUACGCCGCCAAAGCUGUCGACAACAGUGGAACUGUUGUUGGAAUCAAGUGCAAGGACGGGAUUGUUAUGGGUGUGGAGAAACUUAUUGCAUCUAAGAUGAUGUUACCAGGAUCCAACCGGAGAAUCCAUUCUGUUCAUCGUCAUGCUGGCAUGGCUGUUGCUGGGCUUGCAGCUGAUGGCAGGCAAAUUGUUGCAAGGGCCAAAUCUGAAGCCAGAAGUUAUGAGAGUGUUUAUGGAGACGCUGUACCAGUGAAGGAACUGUCAGAGCGUGUUGCAAGCUACGUUCAUUUAUGUACUCUGUAUUGGUGGCUCAGGCCUUUUGGAUGUGGAGUCAUUCUUGGAGGUUAUGAUAAGGAUGGACCCCAGUUGUACAUGAUUGAGCCAUCGGGCAUAGCAUACAAAUAUUUCGGUGCUGCGAUUGGUAAAGGAAAACAAGCUGCUAAAACGGAAAUUGAGAAACUGAAAUUAUCUGAGAUGACAUGCAAGGAAGGCGUUAUUGAAGUGGCGAAAAUCAUUUACAAGCUACAUGAUGAAGCCAAAGACAAGGCAUUUGAAUUGGAGAUGAGCUGGAUAUGUGAGGAAUCAAAACGAGAGCAUCAGAAGGUCCCUGAUGAUCUUCUGGAAGAAGCAAAGACGGCAGCUAAAACUGCACUCGAGGAGAUGGAUGCUGACUAA